CUAACAUCUAACACUACUAAAAGCAAAAUAAGAAGAGCAUACAGGCUAUCCACGUCGGAUUUUUUAUUUGGCCAAUCAGGUUCUUUUUUUUUUACACGUCAGACUCGGGUUUGCCUUUUGCCCGAAGUCGAGUAAGAGAUUUCGUGGGCUUCUGAUUUCUCUUUGGGCUUUAAGUUUGAUUCGGGCUUCUUUGUGUUUUUUGUGUAUCGCGAGGAGAAUCAUUUAGGUGAGCCGACAUCUAAACGAGAAGCUUCUCCUCACCAUUACCGCUUCGUGUUCUUCGAUCAAAAAGAGAACCGUAGAUUCCAUCGAUUCAAUCCUAAGCUAUCAAUAGUUCCGUUUCGAUCAAUCAAUACCCCUUCAUUAUGAUUUCUUUUCACCUCCCUCUUUUCCUCCUCUUAUAUAAUUGAUCUUCCUUCUCCGUAGAAUGCAAAACCCUAGAAAAACUCAGAUCUCAAGAUAUGGCGAUGAAACGAAAUGGAAAGUCUCCUGCGUCUUCCGAGUCUGACGAAUCAGUGAUGUUCUUCAGAGAUGUCUCUCUCGGUCCCCAUGAAACCCGGUUGCGAUUCCGACUCAUCCAUUUCUGGGAGGCUCAGAACCCGGUGAAGAAGACCCUUAUUGGUCUGGAAAUGCUUCUCAUCGACGAGCAGGGAACUGUCAUUCAAGGAUUCAUCCCACCAGGUCGUAUUAAGAAAUACCUGCCUGAGAUGAAGCGAGGUUCAGUUUACGAACUCAUCAACUUCUACGGAUCGAAGAACAAACCGAUGUAUCGGGUUGCUGAUCAUAUCGCAACCGUGUCCUUCGCAUGGAACUCUGAGUUGUCGGUUCUUCACGACAUUCCAAUCCCUUUUGAUGAAGACCGUUUCAGGAUGCAUUCGUAUGAGGAUUUUGAGGCCAACUGUGAUCUCAAAGGUGACCUCUACGAUGUUCUUGGCCACAUGAAGCUGGUUGAUGGACAGGCUCUUACCGAGCGUCCCACCAUUGAUGAAGCGAAGCUCGCUACCACUCGGCACAUUAUGGUUCACGUGCAAUCACAUGAAGGACCUGUUAUGAAGCUUUACCUCUGGGACCAGGCAGCAACGGACUUCUGCAAGAAGUUUAAGUCCUAUGAAAACACUCCCACAGUUCUUUUGGUCACAGCUGUUAACACUAAACGUCUCGGAGGUAACCUGGCACUGAGUUCUAUGUCUCCCACACGGGUUUUCAUGGACUAUGAUGUGCAACCAACAAUUGAUUACUUCGCGUGGCUCUCCUCGAACCCAGAGAUUGCUAAGCAGGUUAGUGCAGAGGUGGUCACUAAGCGGGAGACGAUGACCAUAUCUGACAUCUUCUCCUACAUGACUCUGGAAUCUGCAAAGGAUGCCUUUUUUGAGUGCACUGCCACGAUUGAUGAUGUGGUUCAUGGAUCUGCUUGGUACUAUAUUGCAUGCACUGGGUGUCAUAGUAAGGCUACCAAAGGCGCAAAUUCAUUGAUUUGCACGAACCCAAGAUGUGUGAAGGAUACCACAGCUGGAGUUGCACAGUACCGUGCAAAGAUUUCGGUCUAUGACAGCAGUGAACAAGGUUUCUUUGUCCUGCUUGGUGAUGCUGGUUUUCAGUUGACUGGGAGGCAUGCAUCUGAGUUGGUCAGCAGCUACUUUGAGGCCAAUAAAGACAAAGGUCCUGACCAUGAAGUGCCUGUCCCGGAAGCUCUGAUCAGCAUAGUCGGACAGACCCAUAAGUUCUGUGUAAAAGUUACAGACCACAACUUCUCUGGCAACACCCGAGCAAUCACUGUGACCAAGAUCCUCCCUCCGGAGACAUCAUCACCCACAAAAGGCUCCGUUGAUAACGCUAUUGCUGCAACAUCCAUGGAAGCAGUGCAGACUGGAAGUGAAGUGUGUGGGCCUUCAAAAAGCCGUGGAGAUUCUGCAGAUGAAGAGAGUAAGAGAACGUUUGACAGUGUUGAUCCAGAGAAAGUCAAACGGGCAAGGUGUGAGAAAUAAUGAUUCAGUUCGAUAAUUCUUAAGUCUUUGCAUUGAACUUCAAGUACUAUGUUGGUUUUUGCAAGUUUGCUUCAGUUUGGUACUAUUUUGGUUUUUAACAACACUUUGCUUUGUUUCUUUUCAUUUCAAACUUUGGAUUUUAAUCGAUUAAACUAUCCUUCCUAUAUAGUUUACUCAGAUCAAUUGUUUUCAUGUUUAAAUUCCUUUAUAUACACCAACUGAUUUGGCCUCA